AGAAAGAAGAUGCCAGCCGGGUCUAAGGGUCUGAGGCCAGGGCUCUGAUCCCCACGGAUUUCUUCCUUUCAUGGAGCUGGCCAUCUCGACAGGAAAAUAAGGGUAAAAAUAAAGAAGAAGAAGAGUAAAGAAAGAAAGAAAAGAAGAAAAUAUACCCACCCCCAAACGUGCCUCCCAGCGCCGCAGGGAGCCUCCAGCGAGUAGAGCUUCAGCCGCGCUCUUCCCGCCCGCAGCCGGGCUGGACGCUCUCCGUGGUGCUGAACCUGCACGACUGCCGCUGUCCGCGGUACCUUAGCUGCCUGGCUGCAAUUCUCCCCCGGCUCUGACACCUCGUCCCUCUACUCCCUGCCCCCUUAAACAUCUGGAUUAUUAUCCCCAGUGGCGCUCUCUGGCUUCGUAAGUGCCCAUCGAAAACAUUUUUGCACCCCCAUAACUCGUGGACUUUACAGCACUAGAAUCUGGAAGAUGUACAGCUUCAAUACUCUGCGAUUCUACCUUUGGGAGACCAUUGUAUUCUUCAGCCUUGCUGCUUCCAAAGAGGCUGAAGCCGCCCGCUCCGCACCCAAGCCUAUGUCACCCUCGGACUUCCUGGAUAAGCUCAUGGGGAGGACUUCUGGGUAUGACGCCAGGAUCAGGCCCAACUUUAAAGGUCCUCCUGUGAAUGUAAGUUGCAACAUCUUCAUCAACAGUUUCGGUUCCAUCGCUGAGACAACCAUGGACUAUAGGGUCAACAUCUUCCUGAGGCAGCAGUGGAACGACCCCCGUCUGGCCUACAAUGAAUACCCUGAUGACUCUCUGGACCUUGACCCAUCUAUGUUGGAUUCCAUCUGGAAGCCUGACUUGUUCUUUGCCAAUGAGAAGGGGGCCCACUUCCACGAAAUCACCACGGACAACAAACUGCUAAGAAUCUCCCGGAAUGGCAAUGUCCUCUACAGCAUCAGAAUCACCCUGACGCUGGCCUGCCCCAUGGACCUGAAGAAUUUCCCGAUGGAUGUACAGACGUGUAUCAUGCAACUCGAAAGCUUUGGAUAUACCAUGAACGACCUCAUCUUUGAGUGGCAGGAGCAAGGAGCUGUGCAGGUGGCAGACGGACUGACCCUGCCUCAGUUUAUUCUGAAGGAAGAGAAAGACCUGAGAUACUGCACCAAGCACUACAACACAGGUAAAUUCACCUGCAUCGAGGCCCGAUUCCACCUGGAGCGGCAGAUGGGCUACUACCUGAUCCAGAUGUACAUCCCCAGCCUGCUCAUCGUCAUCCUGUCCUGGAUCUCCUUCUGGAUCAACAUGGAUGCUGCACCAGCUCGUGUGGGGCUGGGCAUCACCACAGUGCUCACCAUGACCACACAGAGCUCUGGCUCCCGAGCCUCCCUACCCAAGGUGUCCUACGUGAAAGCUAUUGACAUUUGGAUGGCUGUUUGCCUGCUCUUCGUGUUCUCUGCCCUGCUGGAGUACGCCGCCGUCAACUUUGUGUCUCGGCAACACAAGGAACUGCUUCGAUUUAGGAGGAAGAGGCGACAUCACAAGAGCCCCAUGCUAAAUCUGUUUCAGGAUGAUGAGGGUGGAGAAGGCCGCUUCAACUUCUCUGCCUAUGGGAUGGGCCCAGCCUGUCUGCAGGCCAAGGAUGGCAUCUCUGUCAAGGGUGCCAACAACAACAACACCACUAACCCGCCUCCUGCGCCAUCCAAGUCCCCGGAGGAGAUGCGGAAACUCUUCAUCCAGAGAGCCAAGAAGAUCGACAAGAUAUCUCGCAUCGGUUUCCCCAUGGCCUUCCUCAUCUUCAACAUGUUCUACUGGAUCAUCUAUAAGAUCGUCCGGAGAGAGGAUGUCCACAACAAGUGAAGGCUCUGGGGCGGGGUGGGGGGCUGGGAGAGGGUGGUGGGAGGAGCACAGAGGCUGGGAGCCGGGGGAGGAGGGAGAAAGGAAGAGCACACACCCAUCCCCCUCCACCAAGUGCAAUAGAAACCACAGGGGUGGAUACUUCCAGGGUAUUGCAAUAUCCAUCUAGCCUCCAAGGGCAUGAGGUGGGAGGGCCUUUUUGAAUACAGCAACUAGGGACCAUGAGGGGUGGGGUGGGGAUCAGGGAGGGGAUUGGGAAAUCACAGCUUUCAAAAUUCAAGUCCAUUGGGUUGAGAGGGGGGUGGGGUCCUGUUUGGAGGUCAGUGCUGCCUGCCCCAGAACAGGAAAGCAGUGUAAUAUAUAACAUUUAACCAUGCUUAACAUUAAUGCAAAACCCACAAGAACAAAAGAUACGUCUCUUAAAUCAGCCUAGUAGCUGCUUAAACUCUUAAAGUCCCCAACGUGAUGGACAAUAUUUCCCAGAGUAGAAAUGGACACAACUAAGCUUGCUGUGGUAUGUGCCCCCAUCACACCCUUACAAAUGCCAUGUCUAUCUUUAAACCGGACACACACAUGC